AUGGCGGGGGCGGGCGGUGCGGCGCGGGGCCGGUUCGCGGUGGUGGGCGGCGGUAUCGCGGGGGUCACCUGCGCCGAGAAGCUGGCUGCAGAAUUCCCAUCAGAAGACAUUUUUUUAAUGACAGCUUCCCCAGUUAUAAAAGCUGUAACUAAUUUCAAGCAGGUCUCCAAAACACUUGAGGAAUUUGAUGUCGAAGAGCAACCAAGUUCCCUAUUAGAAAAACGAUAUCCCAAUAUUAGAGUUAUACAGUCUGCAGUAAAACAGUUGAAAAGUGAUGAACAUAAAAUUUACACUGAAGAUGGGAAAGAAUACACAUAUGAAAAACUUUGCCUGUGUGCUGGAGCCAAACCAAAAUUAAUUGUUGAAGGGAACCCGUAUGUGUUAGGAAUCCGGGAUACUGACAGUGCACAGGCUUUUCAGAAGAAUUUGGCUCAAGCUGAGAGAAUAGUGGUGGUAGGAAAUGGUGGGAUUGCCCUGGAAUUAGUGUAUGAAAUUCAAGGCUGUGAAGUAAUCUGGGCAAUCAAAGACAAAGCCAUUGGGAAUACUUUCUUUGAUGCAGGAGCAGCUGAAUUUCUCCUCCCAAAGCUCACUGCAGAAAGCCAAGAGACUCCCAUUGAGUGUAAAAGAACCAAGUACACACUGGAAGGAAGUGAGGAAAAAGGAAGACCUACAGGAACAUCUGACAAGCUGGGCAGUGCCUUAGGCCCCGACUGGCACGAGGGGUUACACCUUAAAGGGACUAAGGAGUUUUCUCAUAACGUACAUAUUGAAAUACUAUGUGAAGUAAAGAAAAUACACUUACAGCAAGAAUUUAUCCAACUGCAGCAGACUUCUAUGACUUUUCCUAAAGGAGAGAAAAAUGUAGAAGCAGAUGAGGUGCUGUGGCCUGUAUAUGUGGAAUUAACUAAUGGAAAAAUUUAUGGAUGCAAUUUCAUUGUCAGUGCAACUGGAGUUGUACCAAAUGUUGAACCAUUUCUUGAUGGCAAUAAUUUUGCUGUGGGUGAAGAUGGAGGACUGAAGGUAGACGAGCACAUGCACACCUCACUGCCAGAUGUGUUUGCAGCUGGAGAUAUCUGCACAGCAGCAUGGGAGCCAAGCCCCGUGUGGCACCAGAUGAGGCUGUGGACUCAAGCUCGGCAGAUGGGAUGGUAUGCAGCAAAGUGCAUGGCAGCAGAUGCUUUAGGAGAAUCUAUUGAUAUGGAUUUCAGCUUUGAACUAUUUGCUCAUGUUACAAAAUUUUUCAAUUACAAGGUGGUGGUUUUGGGAAAGUACAAUGCUCAGGGCUUGGGCUCAGACCAUGAGCUGAUGCUGAGAUGUACCAAGGGACACGAGUAUGUGAAAGUGGUGAUGCAGAAUGGCCGAAUGAUGGGAGCUGUGCUGAUUGGUGAAACGGACUUGGAAGAAACCUUUGAAAAUUUAAUUUUAAAUCAAAUGGAUCUUUCAGCCUAUGGAGAAGAUCUCCUAAAUCCAGAUAUUGAUAUAGAAGAUUAUUUUGAUUGA